GUAAUGAAUCACAAUCGAAACAAUCAGCCACUCUCUAUCUACUUUCUACUUUCCUUUCCGCCUCCAAAAUCAGAACCCCACUAAAUUUACAUAUUCUCUCUCUCUUCCCCACCGAUUCUUUCAAAUUCUAAUGAUUGGAUUCAGUCCAGAAUUUCAAAUUACAAACGAAGGAAUGGCGGACUCAGCCCCAGCCCCUCCCCCUCCGAGCCCCAACCACCUGGUCCCACCAGUUCCAGUUCCAGCACCACCAUUACCCACCGAACCCGCGUUCACCUUCCCUCGGAGGCCGCCCAUAAGAGUAACCUCCGAGUUCGACAGUGACAGCUCUGUUUUCUUUCACAAAAUCUCCUGCAAGUUCCUCGACAAGGUUGCCAAGCUCAAGUUCUCCUUCCAGAACCACACCAAUGGGGAUAUCAUCGAACCCCAAGUCAGCUUCAUCUCCAAGCACCUCUCCAUCCACUACGAUGUGGAGGACCAGAAUGCCCUUCUCAAGGCCUCCAUCGAGGUCGGCCCCAGGUUGCAGCUUAGAGCUGUCCACGAUGUCAAGGCACAACAAGGAGAGCUUUCGAUGGUUGCAAACCUUGUCGAUCCUGGUUAUACAUUAGAAUUGUCAUCUAUGGUUCCAUCUGUUGGUAUGCCAAGAGCAACCCUUAAAUUCCCCCUCGGCGAAGUAUCGGUAGAGGAAAGAGCAGAAGAGGAAUUAAAGCCAACAUUGUCUAUAAAUGGGAUUCUCAAAGGCCAAAGUCUGAAUGGAGUCUACACUGCUCAAUUUAAGGAUGAAGAUUUGAAAUUAAGAUACGCCUACAAGGAUGAUGAAAUGUCAUUCAUCCCGAGCAUUUCAUUGCCUUCAAAUGCAUUGUCGUUUGCGUUCAAGCGUCGGUUUGGACUUUCAGACAAAUUGAGCUACUUGUACAAUUUUGAUUCCAACUUCUGGAGUGCGGUGUACAAGCGCACAUAUGGCAAGGACUUAAAGUUUAAAGCUGGUUAUGAUUCAGAGGUGCGCCUUGGUUGGGCUUCUCUUUGGGUUGGAGAUGAAGGUGAUAAGGCAAAGACAGCUCCAAUGAAGAUGAAAGUUCAAUUCAUGCUCCAAGUGCCACAAGAUGACAUAAAGUCUUCGGCAUUAAUGUUCCGGGUCAAAAAGAGAUGGGACAUAUGACUGUCUAUUUCUGUACACAUGAGAGAGAAAUGUCAGCCAACUGUAACGAACAAGUAUCGGAGCUAAUACCUUGGACAUUACAGCAAAGCAAAUGGAUACGAAAUGCCCGAGCUGGUAUCUCAUCUCUUUAAGCUCUUACAAGAAUUGGGUUCCUGAUGAUGUUUAAAAAGAAAGAACUGUGCAACAAUAAGAAUCUUCAUGGUUUGAACAUCUUCAAAUACUUUUUACUUUUGAUAUGGACAUGGAAUUCUCUCUCUAGAAAUCUUGAAACAGCACUUUGUCGGACUCGUUUACCCAAAGGAGCAAAAAGGCAAUAGCAAACGAACACUUGACAUCAUUGCUGCAAAAAAUCGUAAAGGGCAUAUUAUGAACAGCAAAUGAAUGGUAAAAGGAGAAGUUGGAGAACUGCUCUCUGGCAUACGCUUUACAUUUAACAAAAGGCUGCUUUUACAUUGAACGAUGAUGAAAUAAUUGGCAACGAUAUUAUAACUUUUUUACAAUUUUUUAAGCAGAAACUUCAUUAGUUUAUUAACUUUAUUGUAUGGAAGCAUCAACUCUGUUAAAUAUAGUUUUGGGU